GUGCUCGUAGACUUUAUUGUUUAUAUAGGAAAUCUUGUUUGUUUUUUAUUUCACAAGACAAAUUUGACUUCUGUUUUUUACGAUUUUUUUAAAUUAAAAUGAUCCGCUGGGAAGCUACCGGUUUUUGACGAAAAUCUUGGAAAUUGAGUAAGCGAAGAAUAGUGUGAUUACAAACAUGAUGUUAAAGCGUCGCAGCCGUCGCUGUUAAAAGUUUCACUCGAUAAGAAAUUAUUACUGUUUUUCAACUUGCUGGAGCUAGCGCUAUCCUUCUGUGUUUGGAUACCUGGGUAGAUCCUUUUCUUCACUUCAAUCAGCGGAAGAUGUACCAUUUCAACAGAAAUAUCUUGUCUCGUGUGACAUGCACUUGCACGCGGCAAUUACAUUUUCGAACGGCUUUGUUGGAACUAGAAGGAUCUUCUGCCAAAGCAUCCAGUGGAAAAAAACCGGAUCGUCAAGAGACAUCUGAACUGAUCUCCCAGAUAUAUGCUUAUAUUUACAAACCACCGGCAAGAGCGGCUUCGUCGGUGUUUUUCCCAUUUUCCCAAAACUCCGUUCAAAAGUUAUCAGCUGCUGCAGAAUGGCUGAAAGAUCCCCUACAGCGUGCGGAAUCAUCCAGUGAACCUGCUCCAAAGGGAUUCGGAAAGUUUUACCCGAAAGGGAAACAGGCGCCCCAACCUGACCGGGAAGCCCAACGGGAAAGUGAACCUCCCAGACAAUCGGCUGAACCGCCACCAGAAGCCCCGACGCACAGACCCGAAAAAGAUGACACUCCGGCUAAGGAGGAUCCUGCUUCUCCCGAAAAGAAACCUAAUCCACCUGCUUCAGGCAGUCCUACUCCUGGCUUUGGGUUCAAUCCGAUGCAGGGGAUGAAGAACCCGUUUGCUCCCGAUGAUCCCAACCGGUGGUAUAAUAUCGUUCUGGCUGGCAGCGUGCUGCUGAUUAUGUAUCUUGGCUAUCGUGAGAUGAAUUACCGAGAAAUUACCUGGAAGGAAUUCUGCCACGAAUUCUUGGGCAAGGGUCUUGUAGAGCGCUUGGAAGUAGUCAAUAAGAAAUGGGUGCGGAUCCGUGUUCAUCCUGACUAUGCUGCCCGGAUGGGCGGCACGCAGGGAUUGUGGUUUAACAUUGGCAGUGUGGAUUCCUUUGAGAGGAAUUUAGAAGCCGUUCAGCGGGAAAUGGCUGUGGAUCCCGCACAGUUUGUGCCUGUUGUGUAUAAAAGCGAACUGGACGCGUCCAGCAUCACCGGUCAUCUUCCGACCAUUCUGCUGGUGGCGUUUUUGAUAUGGAGUUUUAGGAGAUCAGCCAGUAUGAUGAACGGAUUGCGGAAGGGUGGCCGGGGGCCGGCAGGCAUUUUCGGCGUUGGAGAAAGCACGGCUAAACUGGUCGAGAAAGGCCAGAUGAAUGUCAGAUUCAAGGAUGUGGCUGGCUGCGAAGAAGCGAAGAUUGAGAUCAUGGAAUUUGUUAAUUUUCUGAAGAAUCCGGAUCGUUACACCGAUUUGGGGGCGAAAAUUCCCAAAGGAGCCAUUUUGACGGGACCACCAGGGACCGGGAAAACACUGUUGGCGAAGGCUACAGCAGGAGAGGCCAAUGUACCAUUCCUAACUGUAUCCGGUUCGGAGUUUUUGGAAAUGUUUGUCGGUGUUGGUCCGUCUCGCGUGCGAGAUAUGUUUGCCAUGGCCAGGAAACAUGCUCCUUGCAUAUUGUUCAUUGAUGAAAUCGAUGCCGUGGGACGAAAGCGCGGAGGACGAAAUUUCGGUGGACAUAGCGAACAAGAAAAUACACUCAAUCAGCUACUCGUCGAAAUGGACGGCUUCAAUACUACCAGCGGAAUUGUCGUUCUGGCCGCCACUAAUCGUGUGGACAUCUUGGAUAAAGCGCUUCUUCGUCCGGGUCGCUUUGAUCGACAGAUCUAUGUCCCGGCGCCCGACAUUAAAGGGCGUGCUUCCAUCUUUCGAGUGCAUCUCCGUGUUCUGAAAACCAAAUUGGAAAUCGAUGACCUGGCCAGGAAGCUAGCAGCGCGCACGCCAGGGUUCACUGGAGCCGACAUCGCUAAUGUGUGCAAUGAAGCUGCACUAAUUGCCGCCCGCGACUCCCAGGAGUCCAUUGUGCUCAAACACUUUGAACAAGCCAUUGAGCGGGUGGUGGCUGGUAUGGAAAAGAAGAGCCAGGUGCUGCAGCCGGAGGAGAAACGGAUUGUAGCGUUUCACGAAGCCGGACAUGCGGUAGCGGGUUGGUUCCUGCAGUAUGCCGAUCCCUUGUUAAAGGUGUCGAUUAUACCGAGAGGGAAAGGGCUGGGCUAUGCCCAGUACUUACCAAGAGAACAGUAUUUAUAUUCUAAGGAACAGUUAUUCGAUCGUAUGUGCAUGACAUUGGGUGGACGAUGCUCCGAAGAAUUGUUUUUCGGUAAACUGACAACUGGCGCCCAAGAUGACCUGAAGAAAGUGACACAGAGUGCUUACGCACAGGUUGUACAAUUUGGCAUGAGCGAGAAAGUCGGCAAUGUCUCCUUCGAUCUUCCACAGCAGGGUGACUUCGCUAUGGACAAACCCUACAGCGAACAGACUUCACAGCUGAUUGAUGAAGAAGUUCGUACAUUGAUCCGCUCUGCUUACGAUAAAACUACCCAGUUGGUCAAAGAAAAAAAGGAACAGAUUGAAAAGAUUGCGUUAAGAUUGCUGGAGAAGGAAAUUUUGGGACGCGACGACAUGAUUGAAUUACUGGGAGCGCGACCUUUCCCCGAGAAGUCAACAUAUGAACAGUUCGUGGAGGGGACUGGCAGCCUUGAUGAGGACACCACUCUGCCCAAGGGUCUCGAAGGCUGGAAUGAAACGCAAAAACCGAAAGACGGCGAACAAAAACCCGCCCCAGCUCCCAGUGCCUAAGCGUUGCUUUGAUAUCUUUUGAUUUGUGGGUAAAUCACGUAUUUUUAUUAUUUCGACUAGGAGAGUGUUCCGAAGUCUUUCCAGUUAAACAUGGUGUAUACACGUGUAAAGUUGGGGUAGUUGAAGUGAAAGUAAAUCGAAAGAAACUAAA